AUGGUAAUACAUAGUAAUCAAUUUCAUCCAUUAAUUUCAUAUCGAACGUGGUUUGGAAAUAACAGUUUUGGUGAAUUAUAUCCUAAUCUGUAUGCAAAAGAAGCUUUUAAGGAUGUUUUGAUCUCAGAUAGAUUGAGUCGAAAUGGAACAGAUACCGAGUGGCAUUGGCAGUGGUGUGAAGAACUUUCUGACAAUGACACACAUCAUCUUCGAGCUCUUAAGCAACUUUUACUUGAUUGUCCUUUUGAUCAAGCGAGGUCGGAUAGAUGGCGGUGGGUGCCGGAUUCGGUUGGCCUCUUUACGGUUAAAUCGUGUUAUAGUUUGUUGCUUCAAUAUUCUAACACGGUUGUUUUGGAGUCAAAUGUUUUGGAUGCUAUCCAAAAGCUUUGGAAAAACGAUGUUCCAUCUAAAGUUAAUAUUUUUGGUUGGAGAUUGCUUCUAGAGAAGCUUCCUACGCGGGCAGCCCUUCAUCAUAGAGGUAUAUUGAAUAAUCCGCAUGAUAUUUCUUGUACUUUUUGUUAUAUGCAAAUGGAAGAUUGUUCCCAUCUAUUCUUCAAUUGCUCUUUUGUUAAAGGUGUGUGGGAAACUAUAUAUAGAUGGUUAGGACAGAGUUUACCGACAGGUUUGGAAGGUUGGAAUCACUUUUUAUCCUUUGGUUCUUUGGUUAAAUCAAGAAAAGGUAAUCGGGUUCGUCAUUUGAUUUGGUUGGCCACUACAUGGUGCUUAUGGAAGCUUAAAAAUAAUGUUGUUUUUAAUGGAGCCUUACCGGAUGCUUCCAAACUUGUAGAUGAUAUUAAAACUUUUUCUUAG